AUGUCGGGGGCGGACUUAGAGCCGUCGGGCGAGGCAGCGGGCGAGGCGUGGAUACAAGUGGACGACGGAACGAGCCCGCGCGAGAAUCGCAAGAGCGGCCUCGUGCUGGCGUCGUGCGCGGGGGACGCGGCGAGUCGCAAGACGGCGAUAACCGUGGCGCUCAUCUGGUGCCUCCUCGCCUCCACGCUCCUCGCUUUCCUCAAGCGCCUCCCGCCCAACUCGCCGCGGUACGGCGGCGCCAGGGUGCUGCGCACGGCAACGGCGGACUUCGUGCUGAUGUGCGACGCGCACGUGGUCGGGCACGCCGCCAUCUCCGCCGUCGCGUUCACGUCGCUCGGCUUCUUCACCGAGUCCGUCCGCCAGCCGCUCUUCCCAGGCGUGGAGCCGCUGUGGUUCCUGGCGGCGCAGUACGUGCUGCUGCUCUUCGCGUGUCUGCUCACGCUCGUUGUCGUCGACGCCACGCCCGGCCUCACCACCAUCCCCUUCCCCUUCCCCCUCGCGCUCCCCGCCUCCCCGCCGCGCAACCACCUCUGCGCGCACGCCUGCCCCGGGCACCGCGCCUGCCUGCCUUCGCGCCUACCCGCCCUUCCGCGCUCUACCGACCUCCGCUCGUCUGGCGGCUCCGCGCUGUUCGCCGCCAGUGCCGCCGCUGCUGCCGGCGGGAAGUCGGGCGAGCAGGCGGGCGGCGCGACUCCGCGGAGAACCCCCUCCCGCACGCCCUACUUGCUGCAGCUGGCGCGCGAGGCAGGCGCGCCCGUCGCGCCAAUGACCCCCGAUGCGCUGCUGCCCGCAGAAGCCGCGCAGACGGGCAGAGGAGAGGAGGUGAUGGAAGUGACGGAAGAGGUCGGGAGGAAUGAGCGCGCGGGAGUAGAACAGGAGCAGCGGAGUGUGGGGGCUGGGGAACCAGGGGGUAGUCAAGAGCGCGGGGCGGAGGACACCGUUGCGCCUGGCGGACACAAGUCUGCGGAGGGAGCUGCGGACGUUGGUAAGUGGGAGAUGGCAGAAAAAGAGGGCUGUGCGGAAAAGCAAGAAGCGGAGCGGACCGAGCAGGAUGUGCGGGGCGGCAGCGAGGGGGGGGAGAUGGAACGGGCGGGGCGGACUGAGGCGGAAGCACGGAAAGAUGCGGGCACAGCGCCUGCUGCCGCCUCCGUCGCUGCUGCGCCGGCGCGGGCUGCCAAGGCGCCUGUCGCUGCUGGCAGCCGAGCGGGCAACAGCAGCGGUGGCGGCGGUGCAGCGAAGGCAGGAGGCGGAGGCGCGUGGGCGAAGGCGAGCGGGAGGCGGGAAUUGUGGGGCAGCGCGACUGCGAAGGCGGGCGCAGGGGGGGCAGCGGAGCCUGGGAAGCGGAACAGCAAGGCGGGGGGCGAGAGGGGCGCGAGGGGCGGAAGUACGGGCGGGCACACGUCGGGGGGGAGGCGGGAGAGGAGGGCUGCAGAUGAGGGGGAGGGCGAGGGGGGAGAUCCGCGUGCAGCGGUGGGGAAGGAGGGGUGCAUUGCAGAGAUCAAGGCGGAGCAGCACGGCGUGGAGGCGGAGGAAGGGCGCGCGCGAGAGGAGGCGGCAGAUGAGGGCUGCAGCCCGGCGGAGGGGGAGCGAGAGCCAGAGGCGAUUGCGGAGGGGUUAGUGGGGAAAGAGCCGGGGGAGGGGGCAGUAAGGGGGGAAGAGGUGACGGAGGAAGGGGAAGGGGGUGAGGGGGCGACGGAGGAGGCAGCAAGGGGGGAGGAGGCAGAGGAGGAGGGAGUGCGGGAGGAGAUGACGCGGCGGCUGGUGGUGGCGCGAUUCCACAGCCUCGUCAGCCACGUCAAGGCCGCCGCCGCUGCCCUCCUGCACGCCCACGCCGCGGAGGGACGCGCCACACCCCCUAGCGCGGGCAGUCCGCCAGAGAGCGGUGCGGGGGAGGGCGGAGGCGGGGAGCGGGGGAGGGCGGCGGCGGAGUAUGAGGAAGCGGUGCAGCAGGUGGGGCGCAUGGUGGGAGCCAUGGCGGGCAUGGGCCUGCACGACCACGUCGCCGCCUGGCUUGCAUGUGAUGCACACCUCCCCGCCCUCCUCUCCGCCUCCCGCCCCAUCCCCGCCUCGCCCUCGCCCUCGCACUCCCCUGCCCUCCCGUCCCCGCAUCCCUCCCCCGCCUGCUCCCCUUAUCUCGCCUCCCCCGCAUCCGCCAGCCCCUUCCCGCCGCCCCUGGCCGCCUUCAUCCCCCCAGUGCUGCUCCCCGCCCUGCGCCUCCUCCCCUCCCUCCCACCUUCCUCCCCCACGCGCCUCCUCUUCCUCCGCCUUUGGAUCCCCCCUCUCGCCUGCGUUCCCCCGACCCCUGCUGUGCGCGCAGCACUGGGGGAAGUGGUGGAGGCGAUGGGGGAGGGGGAGAGGACGGAGGUGGAAAGGAUGGUGGCGCAAGUGAUGAGGGCGUGGGGGGAGGGCAGUGAGCAGUGA